AUGGUGAAUAAGGUCUUUGGAGGUCUAAUUGGGAAUGUAAUCGAAGCUUAUGUUGAUUAUAUGGUCGUUAAGAGUAUUAAGACCAACGAUCACGUAGCUGAUCUACAAAAAGUGUAUGAUGUUGCCCAAUGGAACACGCUGAAAUUCAAUCCCAAGAAGUGUAUUUUUAGUACAGCAGGUGGAAAGUUUAUGGGUUUUAUGAUCACUCGGCGAGGCAUUGAAGCGAAUCCCAAUAAGAUUCAAGCUAUUCUAGAAAUGAAAUGUCCUAUAAGCAAAAAGGAGGUCCAACGGUUGAUAGGACAGGUAGCGGCAUCAAAUCGAUUCAUGAGUUGGGCAGCUGAUAAGUACUACCACUUUUUCAAGCACGCGGUCAAUGCGGUGCUGGUGAAAGAAUUCCCAAAGGCACAAAAGUCAGUCUACUAUGUUAGCCAAGCAUUGAAAGGCUCAGAAAUAUGGUAUGGCCCUGCAGAGCAAUUGGUGUUUGCAUUGAUUGUGGUAGUCAGCAAGUUGAGGUUGUACUUUCAUUCUCAUACAGUACAGGUCAUGACUGAUCAACCCAUCAAGCAGAUUUUGCAUCAACUUGAGACAUUUGGAAGGAUGUUAAAGUGGGAAGACGUUUGGAAAAUCUUUGUAGAUGCUUCCCCACACAAUAAAGGAUCCGUAGCAGGCAUCAUUAUGAUAAGAUCAGAAUCUGAAGAGUUUAAGUAUUCAUUAAGCUUCCGGUUUCCGAUAACAAAUAAUGACGUGACAGGAGAAUUCGAAGCAACGGACGGAAAAUUGGUAGCUUACUUGAUGAAAGUUAGGGACUUGCGAAAAGGAUUGGCGAGUUUCAAGAUAACCAAGCUAAACAUACUGGACAUAACUAACAUAGCGUACAUAGAGCAUAAGAAAAGUUGGAUGGACCCUAUAAUCGAUUAUCUUGUGGAAGAGAAAUUGCUAGAGGGUGUUUUUGAGGCUAGGAGACUAAAAAUUCGAGGUUUCACCAUGCUAUACUUGAUGUGCUUGCUCCCAAUUGAGGCACGUGAAGUGUUAUUGGAGAUACGUGCAGGAAUUUGCGAUAACCAUCAAGGGACGAUUACCCUUACAUUCAAGGCUUUGCGAUAG